ACGCUCACCGUCGCAUCACACGGAAUGUUUUUGUCGCUGCAGCGCUCCAGUCGGAAGCUGCGCAAGCGUGUCGCUCAUCUCUGUCAGUUAACGGCUUUAUGCACCUAUUUUUUCUUGAUCUGUAAUUUGUAUUUAUCAGUUUCUGUUGCAGAGGAUAUCUUUGUGUGAUGCUCAUGGCUGCUCGGACAGUCUGUCAGAUGCUUCAGCGCCGUCUAGCGUCUAGUGCAGCGGCUGCAUGCCUCUCAUCUGCAGAACUGCGCAGUCAUCGCAGUGCUCUGUUCUCUAAAGAGCAGGUACGUCAGAGAUCUCUGUAUCCGCGGACAGAGAAGAUCGAGGUGAUGCUACAGGGUCCCGGCCUACAGGGGACCCUGCUGGUCAUGAACAGAGGCCUGUCGACGCCGUACAGCUGCACACGCCAUCUGACAGAGUGGCAUGUGAAGAGCUCAGCUCUGGCUCUGGUGGACGGACAGCCGUGGCACAUGCACCAACCUUUGAUCCACUCCUGUGACCUCACCCUUCUCACCUUCAAAGAUGAUGACCCUCAGAUAGCCAACCAGGCUUACUGGCGCUCCUGUGCGGCUCUUCUGGGUCAUGUGCUCGACGAAGCGUUUAAGGACGAGUUCAGCGUUGAGCUGCUGAAGCUUCCUGAAGUGCCAGUGACCGCUGGCGCUUUCUGUUGUGAUCUGGUUCUGGACUCUCGUUUAGACUCCUGGACACCUACAGAGGUCAGAACUGCUUCAUCUCAGACGCUGUUAACAUGCAUGUGUAAACAGGAGGAAGUUGAAGAAAGAGCAGCUCAAAGCCAGAAUGGGACGGUGUCAUUAUACAGGUGUGGAGAUCAUGUGACAGUGAGCGGAGGCCCUCUAGUGGCUCGUACGGGUCUCUGCUCUCAGUAUGAGGUCACAUCUGUCCAUAAGGUGGGAGAGUGCGAGUGGGGUGUCCUGCGCCGGGCUCAGGGGCUCUCGCUGCCCCUCAACCUCACUGCUCAUCAUAAUGUGUGGAAGAUGCUGCGGAAAAGAGCAGAAAGACUAGUGGAGAUUCCCUCAUCCCCAACAGUGACUCCUCCUCUCAUAACAGAAGCCACGCCCACUGACACACCCCCUCAGCAGUAAUCACCCAGCAUUGAGUGUUAUAUUGUUGAACAAAAAUGUUUGUAACAUGUAGAAAGUCUACUUUUGUUUUAUUGUGUUUGAAUGAGCGUCUCACAUUACUGACAAAAACAUCAUGAAUAAUUUCAGUGAUUUAAGUGAUCCUUCUUUUUGCUUCCAACAAAUGAAUGACUGGAAAUCACAAAGUUGGUUGCUAGUAGAUCAUGCGAGUCUGUGUUACUGACUAUCAUAAUUAAUUCAAAAUAUGUAUACUCUUUUUACAAGAUUCAUUUUAUAAAACAGUCAUAACAAAUCUUCAACCAAAAUCAAAUUGUAUCUGUUCAG